CGUUGAAGUGAUACCCUCCCUCGUUAGCGAGAAAUGGCGCGAAAUUUGCAUCUCUCCCUCUAAUCCUCUAUGCUCGCCAUCCCCAGAUUUUUCGUUAUCAGUAUCACUACUCGUAUUGCUGGUUUACCCCGCAUUGUGUCCAAUUCCGUUCGUAUUCUUUCCCUCCCAAGUUCAACUCGUCUCUUUUGUUCCUGCUCCGAAAACCCUUCUCAUAUGGCUCCUCCUCCUUCUUCGUCCUCGCCUAAAAUCUCGGCAGAGUAUGCAAAGUCGAAUCGGUCUACUUGCAAGGAGUGCUCCCAAAAGAUUGACGCAAAAUCCCUGAGGUUGGCUCUGGUGACCAGGGACAAUCGAGGGUACGACUUAGUCAAAUGGCAUCACCUCGAUUGCUUCCCUUUUGAUUCGAAGACGCUUGCCUCGCCUGAGUCCAUUGAGGGAUUUUCAUUGCUGGAGAGUAGUGAUCAGGAUGCCAUCAAGAAGCUUUUGGCCGGACAUGACAAGUCUCAAGAGGUUUGCAGGGAAAGCGAAGUCACACAAAACGAACCAAGAGAACGUGAUUCAAAGAGCAGAAAGGUUCAUGAAACCACAGAAGACGUACAAAAUGAAGUACAAGAAAGCGUUACAAAGAAAAGAAAGGUAGUUAUUGACUUUUCAGCUUCUGAUGUCAAGGACAAGUACAAGGAUGCUACCCUGUCACCAAAAUGGAAGGCAUUCAAGACUGUCAUAUUUCUUGAACAGGAUGAUGGUCUACAUGCUUCAAGUAAGAUUGCUGCAUUUGAUUUUGAUGGGUGCCUUGCAAAAACUGCUGUGAAUAGAUCAGGUGCAGAUGCUUGGUCCCUCAUGUAUUCUUCAAUUCCUGAUAAACUGCAAAGGUUGUACAAUGAUGGCUACAAGCUGGUCAUUUUUACAAAUGAAUCCAAUAUUGAACGUUGGAAGAAUAAGAGACAGGCAGCUGUGGACUCAAAAGUUGGACGUCUAAAUAAUUUUAUCAAGAAAGUGAAGGUCCCAAUUCAGGUUUUCAUAGCUUGUGGGCUAGGUAAAUCAGGUAAAGCUGUCAACAAAGAAGAUGAUCCAUUUCGCAAACCACAACCAGGAAUGUGGCACCUUAUGGAGCAACACUUCAACUCUGGCAUCCCAAUAGAUAUGGAUCAAUCCUUCUAUGUUGGUGAUGCAGCUGGGAGAAAAGAUGAUCACAGUGAUGCUGAUAUUAAAUUUGCGGAGGCUAUUGGUUUGAAAUUUUAUGUCCCUGAAGAGUUCUUUGACGCAUAAGGAUCUAAUCUGGCCCCCGUCAUUGGUUCAUGGAUGGCUUGGAGGUCCAGUCUAGUUUUGGAAUUUACAUAGCAGACUGGAAGGGGUCAUCUUAAAUUAAGUCAACUUUGCUGUUCUCUGCUAGCUGCAUGAAUGUAGAUGGAUUAAUUAUUGUACUAGUGAGAAUUAAUGCAAUGCAAUUCUAGUAUAUUUUUGGAUGGUCCAAUCGGUGGUUACUACUUGGGAUUGAAUAAUUUUACAUUUCACAUGAAUAUCCGUACUGGAGUGAAGGAUAAUUGAAAUUUUAAGAGAAUAAGCAGAUGGUAAUAGCUAGAAGAAUGUACUGUAAAAUUUUAUUUGGAAUGGUAUUGAAAA